AUGUUACGCAUCACUUCGGCGUGCCGUGGUGGAUACAUGAUGUACCACCGCAAGUCCAUGGGGACGAUGAAGUACAGUAAAUGGAAGGGUGCACAUGGCGGUGUGAGCCAUUUCUACGGACGAACCCCGAUGGUCGAGGAAGUGAAACGCAAUGAACCAAUUACUUUGAUUGACCGUCGAAUCAUGCACUACGUGCACCGUUCGCGCCUCCGUCACUUUCAACUAUUUCGUUCAUAUCAGCAAAAGUCAAACGCGACGGAGUGCAAAUUGCGUGAGGGCGAGAUGCUUCGUCGCCGCUGGCACAGAAAGCUACAGAAGUCAUUUAUUGCUUUUAUGCAGUUCAAGACAAUGAAGGUGCUCGAGGAUCAGGCCAAGUUGGUGAACACAUACGGUCAGGCGGCUGUGAACGCGGCGUUGGGCGAUUCCUGGGACGCCGUUUCGGACAAGGAAAAGGACCGCAAGUAUGUGACAAUUAGGCGUCAGGUGAAGGCAUUACCAGUUGUUAGCGUUUUGCCCAAACAUGUAGCAACCAUGAAGCAGAUCCACAAUGAUCGCUUCAAUUAUCGCUGGAGGGUGAACUAA